AAUGCAUGCUGCUGUGUUUCUUAGGAAGGAAAAUUUAUCCCUGUUUGAUUUAAAGUCCGAUGAACCCAAUGCCAAUGAGGUCUGUCAAUUGAAGAAGCAGAGUUGUUACAGAAGAGCAUUAAAUUGGCUAUGGAAGCACACGAUAGGUUCUAAGGUGCCAAUGGAAAUGUCUCUGGGAAGAGCUUCAACUGAGCUCUGGUUGCAGCUUCUAUAGGAAGCUACAGAACUUAUCCAGCAGAUGGUUUAUGAUACAGCUGAGUAUACUUCUCAUAGAUUCCAACAGUUUUUGCAGCAACAUGGAAUUCAUCAUCAGCUCACAAUUCCUUACACACCUCAACAAAAAUGGUGUGAGUGAAAGGAAAAACAGAUCUAUUUUGAAUAUGGCCAGGUGUUUGCUAUUUGAGAAGAACUUGCCCAAGAAUUUUUGGGCUGAAGCAGUUUACACUUCUGUGCAUUUGCAGAACAGAUUGCCAACAAAAGCUAUUGAAGGCAAAACUCCUUUUGAAGCUUGGUCAGGGAACAAACCUGCUGUAGAUCAUUUGAAAGUUUUUGGUUGCAUUUGCUAUGUAUUUAUACUAGAUGAAAAGAGAGGCAAGUUGGAUGAAAGGGCAAAUACUUGUGUUUUUAUUGGUUAUAGCCUACAGUCUAAAGGUUAUAGAGUUUUCAACCUUAAGACUCAAAAGAUUGAAGUUUGUAGAAGUGCUAAGUUUGAUGAAAGUGCAGCAUGGGAUUGGGAAAAAUCCCAAGUUAAAAACUCAGAUCAGGUUGCUAAAUUGAAUGACAAACCAGAACUUGAAGUAGAUUUUGAUGAUGCAGCUAAUGAAUCAGAUUUAAUUGAUGAUGCACCAGUGAGAGGAACUAGAACCCUGGAAGACAUUUAUAGUAGAUGCUAUGUCAAACUGCAUGCCAGGGUAUAUAGAAGUAUGAUUGGCAGCCUUCUAUAUUUAUCUGCACCUGAUAUAAUGCAUGCUGUUAGUUUGCUUUCAAGGUUUAUGCAUUCACCUACUGAAGUUCAUCUCAAGGGUGUUAAAAGAAUAUUCAGAUAUUUGAAGGCAACUGCUGGUUUUGGUGUUUUCUAUCCUAGAGCUGAGAAAAUUAAGUUACUUGGCUUUUGUGACAGUGAUUGGGCAGGGUCUGAGGAUGAUAUGAAAAGCACUACUGGUUUUUGUUUCACUCUCGGAUCAGGUGUUAUAAGCUGGUGUUCUCAAAAGCAAGAUGCACUUGCACAUUCCAUUGCAGAAGCUGAAUAUAUAGCUGCUGCAAUUGCUGUGGAUCAGGCUAUUUGGUUAAGGAAAUUGUUGGUUGAUGUUCAUCAUGCUCAAUCCAAUCCUACUGAAAUGUUGUGUGAUAGCAAAGUUGCAGUUGCUAUUGCUAAAAAUCCAGUCUUUCAUGGAAAGACAAAACAUUUAAAAUUGAAGUAUCAUAUUGUUAGAGUUGCAGAAAAUGAUGGUGAUAUUGUUAUGGUGCACUGUUCCUCUGAAGAAAAUGUUGCUGAUAUUUUCACUAAGGGCUUACAGAAGAUCAGAUUUGAAGCUCCUAGAAACAAGCUUGGCGUUUGCAGCCUGGAUGCCAAGGAGGAGUGUUGAAUGAAGUUCAGAUUUUUGUAGUUUUCGAAGCACUGUGCCAUCACAUGCUGCAACAAUUCAGUGUCUGAUUUUUUUAUGUAAUUUAACCUUUGGUUAGUCUUAUAUGCUUCUGAAUUUAAGAUGUGCUCAAUCUUAUGGUUGUGUGGUUCAAGUUCUCUUUGUAUUUAGACAGGUGAGAGAUUGACUGAGAACUUUGUAAGCAUUGGAAUUUUAUUAUUUGCAAAGAGACUUGAAUGUGUUAAGUUUUUUGCCUAAAUUUGACUUGCCUUAUUUUUUGCAUGUCUACACUAUAGUGAGACAGUGACUGCAAGUAGCAAAGAGAGGAAUUCCAGUUGCCUAUCAAGAUAGUCCUCAAGUGGGCACACAUUGUAAUCAUCCACAAUUUCUAUUUUCUGGGUUGUGACUGUUAUUACUCCUCUCCAUUAAACUGCGAAACUUAAU